GACAAGCAGGGGCGGCAAGCAACCGGCAGCUGCAGAUGUUGAUUCUCGUUCCGCCGUAGUGGAGUUUGAUUUCUUUUAUGAAUUUCUGUGAAAAUUUGAUGUAAAACUUCAGUAGUGAACCAUUCAAACGCAUUUAUUUACUUCCUGCCACCGAACGGAACAAUACUUCACAAAAAGCAACCAUGGAUUCCUCAGGGGUGUUCGUUCCGAUACAGGCUCGAAUCCUGGAAAUUCUCAGCCUCCCGCCGAUGAUGCGCUGUCCGGAGCUGGGGCUGCUAAUCGACCGUGCCAGUUUGAAGGAACUGCAAGACAUCUACCCGACGCUGAUCAACUCGAUCUUUGGCCUCAACGGGGGAAGCGGAUGGGGCUUCCGGGUCAUGACUCGCGAUACGCACCCGCAUGACUUCGAUGUGCUGUACAACUUUUUCAUACCGAUAGGGGGGCCGAUGUUUCGGAUGUGCUAUCGGUUGCUGAAUGACUCCCUGAAGUACGAGCUUCCGAUUUCGUAUCUUCCUCCUAAAAUGCAACAAGUAAUCGAAAGCGGGCGAUAUUCUGCAUUUUAUAGUGACAUUAUAAACAUAGAUCCGUUCAGAAGACAAGUCGUUUCCUUGUCGCUAAAUGCAUUUGACUAUUUCAUGUUUCACUUUGCCCUGCACGGCACAGUGCCACUGCAACUGUUGCAUCCGACGGCACUCACUCUGGGCAACGAGAAAGCCAAAACCCUUUAUCUUAUACUGACGGCAGAAUACCUUUGCACGUUCCUGCCAAGCCAUCCGGAUUCGGUUGUGCUGCCGCAGAUUGUCAGCGGAACCAUUAAAGUAGCCUCACCGGCGGCUAUUCCGGUGAUGACCCCGACAAAAUCGCCAAAAUAUCUCAUCCUAUCGGCCAUCCACCAUCACACUCCGGCGGCAUCUGCUUCACACCAGCGGUCGGCCAACGCCAGUUCCAUCGAGGCAUCCCGAGCGCACUGUUGGCGCUCGGAAAGUGUCCUCUACAUAUUCGUCGACUGCUGGCUGCGGCUGGACGUAGACGAUUCACGAGAGCUGCCCAGCAAUGAGUUCAUCCGAUGCGUUCGAAUUCUGGUCAAACAGCUGCACGGAUUCGGAAACAGUGCGGAGCUGGACAAUAGUUCAAUGGCACUGUUGCGACAAUCUGCACAACCGCUGAUGAAUGCCCGCAUGUAUGGAUUUUUGAAAUCGUUGAUGGCACGCUGGCCAUUGGAUAGCUCCUUCUCGGACGUCCUGGAACUGUGGCUGAGUUACAUUCAACCAUGGCGGUACACAUUCAACCGAGACCUUAGUCAGAAUGUGGAUCUCCCGAUAACCCCUCGCCAUGAAAGCUUUAUUGCCGACAAUCUGGUCGCCUACACGCAAAUUUUCGUUCAGCUCAUCCCACGAUUCGAAAGAAUGGAUCUGACCACCCUACGGAACGUUUUGAUGUUGUUCCGCUUGCUCAAAGUUUUCGGCCAGGGCAAUCUAAUAGACCUCCUGUGUCAAAACGAAGCCAUUAUGUCCUCGAACAAUAACGUCCCGUUGAACAAUUCCACUUUCAAUGUAUCGACCUCACCGGGGAACCAUUCCGGAGCAUCGAAUCGGAGCGUUGGAAACGUCAGCGGAGGAACUGGGUUGAAUCGUUCUUUCAACUCAAGUGGCAUGACGGGACCCGGAACUCCCGGUAGACCGGGAACGCCAGGGAAUCGCUCAACCGGAGAACCCGCCGACGAUAGUUACAUAUUUCUUUUCGGAGAACUGUUUGCCCUUGCAAUCGAAGAACUGCUGAAAAAGGUUUACGUCUCGAUGCUGGUGGCUAGAGAAAACUUACGCCAAUUGCAACAGGAAAAGGAGAAUCGCUACAAGGGGGUGCUCAAGUAUGUGCACAAAGUGAUUGGGUACUUCGAUCAGGAUCCGGUUUACGCGGCCAUGCUCAGCGAUAGACAGAAAAUUCCGGACAUUUUGGACGUUGCAUUGCAGUUGUUGGCACGAAUGUUUCAGAUACCUCUCACCGAGGAGCUUUUCCAAGGCGCAGCCAUGCAGAUCGACCCGUCCCCGAUGGCCGAUCCAUCCGCCAACAGCACCUGGAACACAUCGAUGGACUCAACGCUCUCCAACCAAUCGAUCCCGCUUACCCCACAGCAGAUGAAACUGCGCAAAAACACCCUUCGCUACACCGGAGAUCCAGCUUUGCUGCCCAUCACCAGCAUGGAGUUCACCUUCUUGGUUCGUUUCCUACACCAGCUUUCGUGUAAGCUGAACCUCAUGUUCGGAGGGGAGAUGAACGACCUCUGGAAUCGGAACGACCUGUGGGGUAAGCUGAGCCGUCAGGUUCUGAGCCCUCCGAUGGUGUCGCAGACGUUCGAUAAAUCCCAAGGAGUUUGUGUGCUCAAACAGGAUAGCUUGGGACCGAGGAUUUGCUUGAGGGUGUUAGCCUCAUACAAAUCCUCUUUCGUGAUAUUGUUCUCGUUCUUUUUGGGCUAUCUACUGUUCAAUGCACCGAGCUACGGAUUCAUGCUGCUCGUUUCAACCACGUUCUUCUAUUUGCUUAUCAAAUCGCUACUCAGCGAUCUGUUUGACGUGCGAACGGAGCCCAGAGUCAUCAACAGAACAGGUUAGUAAGUUUUGUUUCUAUUGUGUAUUUUUUAUAAAGUAUAUAUUAUUUGAAUAUUUUUUACACAUAAUAAAAUAUUCGAGCUGAAUUGCGCUACUACCAGAAA